UCAUUUAUCUGCAGGAAUGAUUGCCGCUAUCAGUCUCGCGCUCACCGCCCGGCUGAGGAGGCAGCCUUGACUUGGGCCUCCCGCGCCGGAGACUAACCCGAAAGAAAGUCUAACUCCGCGGCGGCGGCGGUGGAGGCGGCAGCGGCGGAGGCGGAGUUGGAGGAGGCAGAAGCAGCCUGGGCUGGGGUUUCGGCUGCAUCUUUUGGGGGGCGGGGUGGGACAGGCUUCUGAUUUUUUUCUGAUCCGCUUUUAUUUUUAUUUAUUCUUUUUAUUUAUUCUUUUUAUUGUUUGCUUUUUUUCCCGUGCUUCUUCCUGACUGUGGCCGCGGCAAGUUGACCUCCGUCUCCUGCUCUGCUCUAUUCUACUCUGCUCUACUCUUGUGGCUUUUUUUUUUUUUUUUGGAGGGGGGUGGGAGGGUCGGAGGGUGGGAAGGAGAUUUUGGUUUUUUCUCAAGCCCCGGCUGGUGAUUGCUGGUUGACUUUCCGAGGUGUUUUUUUUUUUCCCCUCCUCCUCCUCCUCUCCUCCUCCUUUUCCUCCUCCUCCUUCUCCUCCUUUUCCUCCCCCCCUUUUUUUUCCUUGCGAGGUGAGGGUGGGGGGGGCGGGGGAGGCUGGGGCUGGCCGAGGGCGAAGAUGCUUCUGGACGCCGGACCCCAGUAUCCCGCCAUCGGGGUGACUACCUUCGGAACGUCUCGCCACCACUCCGCAGGCGAUGUGACGGACAGAGAGGUGGGCUUGGGCAUCAACCCCUUCGCCGACGGCAUGGGAGCCUUUAAAAUUAACCCCAGUACCCACGAGCUGGCCUCGGCCGGCCAGACCGCCUUCACCUCGCAGGCUCCUGGCUACGCUGCGGCGGCCGCCCUGGGCCACCACCACCACCCAACCCAUGUCAGCUCGUACUCGAGUGCCGCUUUCAACUCGACCCGGGACUUUCUGUUCCGUAACCGGGGCUUCGGCGAGGCGGCGGCCAGCGCGCAGCACAGCCUCUUCGCGUCGGCCGCGGCCGGCGGCUUUGCCGGGCCCCACGGGCACACCGACGCCGCGGGCCACCUUCUCUUCCCGGGGCUGCACGAGCAGGCGGCCGGCCAUGCUUCGCCCAAUGUGGUGAACGGGCAGAUGCGCCUGGGCUUCUCCGGGGACAUGUACGGGCGGCCUGAUCAGUACGGCCAGGUCACCAGCCCGCGCUCGGAGCACUACGCUUCCACCCAGCUCCACGGCUACGGGCACAUGAACAUGAACAUGGCUGCCCACCACGGGGCGGGGGCCUUUUUUCGCUACAUGCGGCAGCCCAUCAAACAGGAACUCAUCUGUAAGUGGAUUGAGCCCGAGCAAUUGUCCAACCCCAAAAAGUCCUGCAACAAAACUUUCAGCACCAUGCACGAGUUGGUAACUCAUGUCACGGUGGAGCACGUUGGCGGCCCCGAGCAGUCCAAUCACAUCUGCUUUUGGGAAGAGUGUCCGAGAGAGGGGAAACCUUUCAAAGCCAAAUACAAACUUGUAAACCACAUCCGAGUCCACACGGGGGAAAAACCCUUCCCUUGUCCCUUUCCUGGCUGCGGGAAAGUGUUUGCCCGAUCAGAGAAUUUAAAGAUUCACAAAAGAACUCACACAGGUGAAAAACCAUUUAAGUGUGAAUUCGAAGGCUGUGACAGGCGAUUUGCAAAUAGCAGCGACCGCAAAAAGCACAUGCAUGUGCAUACUUCUGAUAAACCUUAUCUCUGCAAAAUGUGUGAUAAGUCCUACACUCAUCCGAGCUCACUCAGAAAACACAUGAAGGUCCACGAAUCAUCUUCCCAGGGAUCGCAGCCUUCUCCAGCCGCCAGUUCAGGUUACGAAUCUUCCACCCCACCCACCAUCGUAUCUCCUUCCACUGAAAACCAGACCACGAGUUCCCUUUCUCCAUCUUCUUCAGCAGUCCAUCACACGUCUGGCCACAGCACGCUCUCGUCAAAUUUUAACGAAUGGUACGUUUAAAAAACAAACCAGAAAAAAAAAACAAAAACAAAACCCUAUUUAAAAGACUCCACAAAAAUUAACGAACACUGCGAAUCAAAACAACCCCACACACAAGCCCCUAUAAUCUUAAUUUUUUUUUAAAAAAAGCUUCCAGUAGACCCAGAAGUGCACAAAAUGAAGAAUCAAACUUAAAAAAAAAUUAAUUGUGUUUCUGGGCAAUGACUUGGUAGAUAAGGGGUAGAAGAAAGCAGGAGAGGUUGCUUGACCAAAUGUCAUCUCUGUAGGGCUGAUGACUCCAGGUCUGAGUUUGAUGGGGCUUUUAGGACAUCGGCCUUUUUUCUUCUGUAAAUACAGAAUUAUUAGCAUAAAAUGUACUGUUUGAUUUUGUAAAUAGUUAUAUCACAGUUGAAGCGGGAGGGGGGAAUCUGUGGAAUUGUGGUCUUUGCAUUAUUGUGGGGGGAGGGGGGGAGGGGGAGGGAUGGCCGGAGGGUGGAGGGGGUGGGGGGUGGGGAGGCAGAAAUUCAACUAUUUGUACUGAAUGGCAAGAAUGUUCUAGUAAAUGUGUACCACAAUGUGAAUUCCUUUGUAUGAUUACAGUCUAAACGUCAAUCUAACAGAAUAUUAUUGAUAUUAAUGUGCUUUUUUUGUAUAAAGUGCAAACAUUUCGUCCCAAAGUCCAGUCUAAGUAGUGCAGUAAAAUGUUGUUACAGUCCUGUCAAGAAUUCGUAUAGUACAAGCCUGGAUCUCUCUGCGUGUCAAACUGUUACAUUUGUUUAUGUAAAGUGAUAUUAAAAAAAAGAUAUAAACUAUAUCUGUCCAUUGCUUUUGGCAAAUACAACAUAAUGUAUAUACUUCCUAAUUUCCAUAUUUAUCCGCAUGUAAAGGGCCGGUUAUACAUGUUACAGAUAUUCAAUAUUUAUGGAUAGAAGAACUCGUAUGUAAAAUUUAGUUUACAGAACUGUUUGGUAACAUUUCGUACCUUAUUAAAGAUUCUUAAAUCUCAUUAACC